AUGGUGGUAGAUAAUCAAUCAAUAGGGAAGUCACCAGAAGCAUAUUCCUGUGGAAGUUUGGAAGUUGGGAGGGAAGAAAGUAUUAAAGAUCUAGAAGUGGGAUGGGGGUCCUGGUAUGAUCAUGUCAAAGGAUACUGGAAGAAGGACCAACACCAAAUCCUGUAUUUGUUUUUUGAAGAUAUGAAAGAGAGCCCUGAGCAAGAGAUUCGAAAGGUGAUGGAAUUUAUGGAAAAGGACCUGCCAGAUCAUGUCAUCAGUAAGAUUGUUCAGCAGACUUCCUUCUCUGCGAUGAAAGAAAAUCCCAUGGCGAACUACACCACUGUGCCCAAAGUUUUCCUUGAUCACAGUCGUUCACCAUUCAUGAGAAAAGGUGAGGUUGGUGACUGGAAAAAUUACUUCACUGUGGCUCAGAAUGAAGUUUUUGAGGAAGACUACAGGAAGAAGAUGGAAGGGACAUCGCUGACGUUCCGCACAGAAAUCUUGACAUAAGAGACAAGGAUGGAAGGAAGGGGAGCAUGAUGAAAUGUUUC